UGACUCUUGAGUCUUGACUACAUUACACGCCCUUUGUAAAAUAUACACUGUUCUCGUAAAAAUAAAAACCCAAAACAGGAGUAAUUAGAAGAAAAAAAAAAGAAAAAGAAAAAGCCCUAUUAUUGUUGGUUAGGUUGAAAUUGAAAGCAAUGGAGAGAGAUAUUGAAUUGUGAAAUGAAGUCUGGUGUCGUUGAAAUCGAGCGCAUUUAAUAAGCUCUAAAAUCGGUUAGGGCCUCAAGACUUCGAGUUGUUUCAUUCCUAUAUUUUGCCUUUUAUUUUUGGUAUUCAUUCCCAACAACUUAACAACUCCUCCAACUCUCCGAGACCACGAAAAAGAAAAAUAAGACAACCCAUAAGUUGAAGAAAAACCGAGGCUUUGUUCAAUUUCGCUGGAGCAGAGGAGAAAGUGAAAGAUGGGUAAUUUCAUUUGCAUGACGAAGAAGGAGACCAAAGAUAUUGGAUCGAGAAGCAAGAGAGUAGGUAGAUCACAGAGGAAGCUUGUGAGUGAGGAAGAGCUGCAUCUUCAGGCACUGUCUAUGGCACUUCAGCAGCAUCAAUUGUCUCAGAGGUUUGAAGGGUCAAUGUCAAGGAGAAUUGGUGCCUCUAAAAGGCACGCUGUGUCUGAAUCUUUUUCUGCCAAUAAACAGGUUCAUGUAAAUCUGGAAAACAUUCAGAUAAAGAAGUUUGUGCUAAUCCAUGGAGAAGGUUUUGGAGCAUGGUGUUGGUACAAGACUGUUGCCCUUCUAGAGGAAGCAGGGCUGCUUCCUGUUGCUUUAGAUCUUACUGGCUCUGGAAUUGAUCUCACGGAUACUAACAGGGUCACUACAUUGGCAGAGUAUUCAAAACCUUUAACUGUUUACCUUGAAAACCUUCCUGAGGAUGAAAAGGUUAUUCUUGUUGGUCAUAGUAUCGGUGGUGCAUGUAUUUCUUAUGCAUUGGAACAUUAUGCACAGAAGAUCUCUAAAGCAAUUUUCCUUUGUGCAACAAUGGUGUCUGAUGGCCAAAGACCUUUUGAUGUGUUUGCUGAUGAGCUAGGAUCUGCUGAACGUUUUAUACAAGAAUCUAAGUUUUUGAUCCAUGGGAAUGGUAAAGAAAAGCCCCCGACAGGAUUUAUGUUUGAGAAAGAGCAGAUGAAAGGGUUAUAUUUUAACCAAUCCCCUGCAAAGGAUGUUGCUCUAGCCAUGGUUUCCAUGAGACAUAGUCCUCUUGGUCCAAUCAUGGAGAAGCUGUCUUUAUCAGCUGAGAAAUAUGGUACUGGGCGCCGGUUUUACAUUCAAACAUUGGAUGAUCAUGCACUUUCACCAGAUGUCCAAGAGAAGCUUGUGAGAGAAAAUCCACCUGAAGGAGUUUUCAAGAUCAAAGGCAGUGACCACAGUCCAUUCUUCUCCAAGCCACAAUCUCUCCACAAACUUUUGGUGGAAAUAGCUCAAAUUCCAUAGCUUAAUGGUUACCAUGAUUUGUUUUAUCUUUCCAUUCCCUAGGAUUCAGAAAUUGUAGAGUUGAUAUGGCUUUGCUAUAUUGACCAUCAUGCAGGAGGCCCAGUUGAGAGAAGUAUUUUUAUCUUUUAUAAUCAUCAAAUAUAAUAGAGGAAGGAGCAUGAUUCCAUCGCAUUAAGACAACUGUAUUAUUCAAUUAGCAAUUGACUUCUGUAAGUUUUUUUUUUCUUCUUUUUUUUCUUCCAGUUCAUGUGUAUAGUAAUAUUAACUUUUGUACUUACAAUUUUAGCUUUAUUACGAUUAUUUUUUAUUGUUA